AAUCAACGUCCUUAAUUCUCCUCCUCUAUCAAUCGAGUUAAUCUAGGGUUUUUGUCUCACGACUUUGCUUGACUGAAUUCAUAUUAAUUUGCAAUCCCUUAAUUAAAAAUCCAAUGGAUCCUUCAGCUCUGAAUUCCCCUCAAAUGCAGCACUUCAUCAAUCAAGAAAAGGAAAAGGCUAUGUUGAAUGAAAUGGUGGCAAAGCUUACCAAUGUCUGUUGGGAUAAGUGUGUCUCUGGUACUCCAGGCAGCAAGUUCAGUUCUAGUGAAUCAAAUUGCCUUUCCAACUGUGCCCAGCGUUACAUGGAUAUGAGUAUCAUUAUUAUGAAGCGCUUUCAGUCGAUGCAAUGAAGAGGGAAAAAGCAGCAGACUUGUGUCACUGUUUCACAUUACUCUCUAUCAUUUACCAAAUCAAAUUUUUUAGUAUCAUCUUUUGAGUUUUCUUUUAAUCGAAUAUAGAUUUGUGCGAAUCCUUGUAACAUGGGAAUUUGGAGGCUGCAUGGAACUCACAUAAUGAUUAAUAUGUGUUGCUAAUGAAAUCCUAAGUAGGAUUGGAACCA